UUUUUGAAUCUUUUGUACUAAUCAUGAAGACCGUAUUGAGAUUGUCUGCUUUGGCAGCAAUUUGCUUACAAUUAUCAGCUGUGAAUGCCACAACAAAUGAGACUAGUGCUCAAUUUACAAACGGAAUUGCAGGCGGACCGGCCCUUCAGAUCACAAACGAGACUACAAUUCCUAAUACAGAUCAUAGAGCUGAAAUGGUUAGAAAUGCAUUUAGACAUGCCUGGAAAGGAUACACUGAUUAUGCGUACGGUCAUGACGAAUUACAGCCCAUGACAAACGGUACUACAGAUUCUAGAAAUGGCUGGGGAGCUACCAUCUUUGAUGCUCUUGACACAUUGCUUAUUAUGGGUUUGGAAGAAGAAUAUCAACAAGCUUUUGAGCAUGUAAGAAGAGUUGAUUGGACUCAUAGUGAAGAGCCCUCCAAGACCUUUGAAACCAAUAUCCGUUACUUGGGUGGUCUUUUGUCUGCUUAUGAUCUUAGACCUGAUCCCAUCUUGCUUGAAAAAGCAAGGGAACUAGCUGAAUAUGUAAUUAUGCCCGCUUUCGAUACACCCAAUCGUAUACCUGCUGCCUUUGUAAAUGUUGUUACAGGAAGACCCAUUAGAGACACGGAAAUAGUCUUGGCUGAAUUCGGUUCCCUUCAAUUAGAACUUGUUAGACUCAGUCAAGUCACUGGUGAUGAUCGAUAUGAACGUGCUGGUAAUCAUAUUAUUGAAAUGAUUUCUGAAGUGCCUUCAAGAAUGCCAGGUUUAUAUCCCAUGAUUUGGGACUUGGAAAGAUUCGCACCCACUAAUACCUAUAUUACCAUUUCUGGCGGUGCUGACAGUUACUAUGAAUACCUUUUAAAGACGCACAUUCUUAUGGGUGGUGAAGAAGAACUCCAACUUGAUAUGUGGAAAACUUCUGUAGAUAGUAUGAAACACUAUCUUCGUUCAGAAACUCACAAUGGAAAGGUCUAUCUUGCUGAAUUUGAGCAAUACUACAAAUUGUUACAAAGUGGAGAAUUGGUAUGUUUUAUCCCUGGUAAUUUGUUACUUGGUGCACGCUAUUUGCAAGAUGAAAGUAUAGGCAUGUUUGCUGCUGAACUUAUGCAAUCAUGCUACGAUACCUGGACUAAUUCUCCUACUGGUUUGGCUCCCGAGACUUGGAGUUGGAUUGACAAGGACCAAAACAUGGCUGCUUAUCCUGAUAUUAUGCAAAAGAUGAUGUCCACCGCAGGUUUUGUAGCUCAAGAUACAGGGUACGAUUUAAGACCUGAAACAAUUGAAAGUUUGUUUUACUUCUACCGUAUUACAGGUGACAAGUCAUACCAGGAUAAGGCCUGGAAAAUUUUUGAAGCUAUUGAAACGUACUGUAAGACAUCUUCUGGCUACACUCGUAUUGCUGAUGUGACCAACAUGCAAGAUGUUGGACCUUUAGAUUUUGAAGAAAGCUACUUUUUUGCUGAAACCCUCAAAUAUCUUUAUUUGAUCUUUAGUGAUACCAACUUGAUCUCGUUGGACGAAUACGUCUUCAACACAGAAGCACAUCCUUUCAAACUUAGUCGUCCUAUUCAAAUUCAAGCAAAAGAAUUCUACUAAAUAAUAGAUAGAAAUCCAAUUGUUCAUCCUGUUGCAUAAAAAAUUAGGCUUUGAUGCAAUAGAAAAAAAUAUAGACCUUUGCUUUCUGAGCCUAUUGAUGUAAAUAAUAUAACCUUAUUGCUGGUGAAA